AAAAUUUGUCAUUCAAAAAAGUUGUUUUGUGCUGAUGCACUUUGCAUUUUGAAAUUUACGGAAAACUAUUCUUUUGAUUCACUUUACAGACCCUUUUACAACAAUUAACUAUUGUUACAGACGUACAAGUCCACCUACAUUUCAAAAUAACCCAGUGUUAGUGCAAAUCCCGAUCAUAAUUGCUGGUUUCGUGUACAUGAAUGGGCCGUGUCGUGAUCGUGAUCAUGAAUUGAUCAUUUGAAUCUCAAUGAAAGUGCAACAUAGCUGCGGGGUGGUGAAGUGUGAAGCUCGGCUUAUGUCGUCAGUGUGAGUGCGUGGUGCAGAGAUGGCUGACAACAGCUUCGUGUCCAAGCCGGCGCGGGGCUGGCUGCAUCCAGACUCCGUGCUGGCUAACGAAGGAGUCACCUACUCCGUCAGGUAUAUUGGAUGUAUGGAGGUCCUGACUUCCAUGAAGAAAUUGGACUUUGACACAAGAUCACAAGUUGCCAAAGAAUGCAUAGCAAGAGUGUGUGCAGCGGCCGGGCUGAGAUCAGCUGACAAGAAGCGGAGGAUAAGUCAAGCAGCUGCAUGUGCCCUGGCGGCUCGGCCACAGAUGGCACACUCCGGCCACAACGUCGCCCUCACUGUCUCCUCAAGAGCCAUCGCUUUGACAUCUGCCGAAGGAGGAGAGAAUAUCGCCCGUCAUGACAUGCCAAGAGUCUCAUUUGCCUCUGGCGGAGACGCAGAUUCCCUAGAUUACGUAGCAUAUGUAGCUAAGUCCGUACCACCAAAUGAAGUGCGAGCAUGCUACGUACUGGAAUGUGGAGGAAGAUUGGCACAAGAUGUGAUUGCGACAAUAGGACAGGCAUUUGAAUUGCGUUUCAAGGAAUUCCUGACAAAACCAUCAUCUCUGAACGUGGGCACCCUCCCCUGCGGCGCGGCGGAGGAGCGCGACUACUACAACGACAUGCCGGGCAAACUGCCGCCCGAGCCGCGCCCGCCGCCGCUCACCACGAACAGCUGCUCGGAGUCGGCGCGGCACUACGUGAACCAGACGCCGCCGCCGCGCACGCCGCCCACGGCGCUGCUCGCCAACCACCACACCGAUAUCUUUGACAUGCAGCCAUUCACAGCAGCCCCCAUGUCCGGCACGGCCGCGGCGACGCCCCCUCCCCUUGCCGCCCCCGCGCAGGCCGCAUUACUGGCUAAUGAGCCCUGGUUCCACGGACCCAUCUCCCGGACCGCGGCUGAGAAGCUAGUAACAGAGGAGGGCAGUUUCCUGGUGCGUUCAUCAGCGGCGUGCGCGGGGCAGUACGUGCUGACUGGGGCGCGGCGCGGGCAGCACAAGCACUUGCUGCUGGUUGACCCUAACGGAGUGGUGCGAACCAAAGACCGCGUGUUCGAGAGCGUGCCGCACCUCAUCAAGUACCACUGCAGCAACUCGCUGCCGAUAGUGAGCGCCGACUCCGCGCUGCUGCUGAAGACGCCGGUGCCGCGGGACCCGCGCUGACCCACCAGGGAACUGCUGGAUGAUAUAGUGAAGAAAUU